AUGGCGCGCGGCCUCGGCAAAAAGCGUGCUGCGCCAGGGGCUGCCUCGCGCCUCCUUGUAGGCAUGCUGCUCGUCUCGGUGCAGGCGCACGAGCGUCCUGCCGCAGCCAUAGCCAACGCGAGAGUCGUCGCGAACGAGCAGCCGUGGUCGCUCGCGUUCGAGGAGGACGGCCGGCGGCGGUUGAGCUCCUCGGAGCUCGAGAAAUUGACGGCCAGCGACGGCGCGGCGGCCCACAACUUCGGCCGGUCCGUGGCGAUCGAAGGGAACACCGUGGUCAUCGGCGCCCCCGGCGCUGGCACCGGCGGCGCGGCCUACGUCCUCCGCACGACCGACGGCGGAAACACGUACGUGGAAGUGGACCUUUUGACGGCCUCCGACGGCGCUGCGGGCGAUGACUUCGGCUAUGCCGUGGCCGUCAAGGGCGCCACGGUCAUGAUCGGGGCCCCCGACAGGGGAGCCAAUAGCCUGGGCGCCGUCUACGUUUUCCGCACGACGGACAACGCCACGUACACCCAGGUGGACAUUUUGGCGGCCGACGACGCCGCGGCGGGCGACGAGCUUCGCUUCGGCUGGGCGGUGGCGAUGGACGGCGACGCCCUCGCGAUCUCGGCGUACAAGCAGAACGCGGCCUACGUCUUCCGCACGACCGACGGCGGCGCCUCGUACGGCCAGGUAGCCAAGCUGACGGCCUCCGACGCCGGGUCGAACGACAAAUUCGCCUACUCCCUGGACAUCUCCGGCGGUGUCGUCGCCAUCGGAGCGAUGGCCAGCCCGGGCGCGGUCUACGUCUUCCGCACGGGCGACGGCCGGCGUAGAAAUUGACCUUUUCGUUCCAGGAUCCGAGGGGUCGCCCCGAGCCCCGGCCGAUUUCCGCGCAGACGACGGCGGCGCGACGUACGGCGAGGUGGACAAGUUGACGGUCGCGGGCAGCGACAGCCUGGGCUACGCCGUGGCGAUCGACGGGGACACCAUCGUGGCCGGGGACCGCAAAGACUCGGGCUCGGUCUACGUCUUCAGCGCGAGCGACGGCGCCCAGCUGGCGAAGCUCAUAGCCGGCGACGCCGCAGAGGACGACAAGUUCGGCCAGAAGGUGGCGAUCGACGGCGACACCAUCGCCAUCGCGGCCGAAAACGAAGGCAAUACGGGAGACGGCGAAGACGACGGCCCGGGCGCGGUCUACGUGUUCCGCACGAACGACGGCGGCGCCACGUACGACGAGCUCGAGAAGGUAACCGCCUUGGACGCCGCGGCCAGCGACUGGUUCGGAACCUCCGUGGCGAUCGAGGGCGGCACCCUCGUGGCCGGGGCCCGCGGCGACGACGACGCCGGCUCCGAAUCGGGCUCAGCCUACGUGUUUGCGCUUCUUGCGGAAUUGACGCCGGAGCCCACGCCGAAACCGGGCGAGCCCACACCCCGGCCCGUUCCUGCGCCGACGCCGCGGCCCGUGCCCGCGCCGACGCCCCGGCCGCUUGCAGCCGCGCCGCAGCCCACACCGCGGCCGGCGCCGUCGCCCACGCCGCGUCCGACGCCGAUGCCGACGCAGCUGGUCGCCACGGUCGUGAACGACGCGUCGGAGCUGCGCAGCGCCGUGAAUGACGCGUCGACGACGAAAGUCGCGCUGGGCGACAACAUCGACCUGGGCGACGACCCGGUGGACGUCACGUCGGACCUCGUCGUCGACGGCCAGGGCUUUGAUGUCACGGGCAGCUUCGCGGUCCAAGGCGCGGCGCUCUCGUUGCGCAACGUGAAGCUCACGUCGAGCUCAGGGCGCCGCCGCGCGCUGGCGCCGGGGUCCGCUCGCCGCGCGCUGGCGGCGCAGGAAAACGGCGGCUGCCUCGCCGUCGAAAACGGCGCGCUGACGGUGACAGAUGUCACAUUCGACGGCUGCGAAGCGUCAAAUAACGGCGGUGCCAUCCACGCCGUCGACGCGGAGGUCACCGUCGUCAGUUCGACCUUUGUCGACUGCUCGCUAGUUUAUCCCAAUGACGCCGAGAAGGAAGACAAAAAGAGUUGGCUCGGUGGCGGUGCGAUCUACGCAGCGGGGGACGCUUCGACGCUCACGGUCCGAGACUCGACUUUUACUCGCUGCACCGCACCCGACGGCGAGGGCAACGGCGGCGCGAUCGUGGCCGCCGAAGUACGAGACGUCGAGAUCACGGGCUCGCGCGUAGGGGAGUGUAGCUGCGGCGAACACGGCGGCGCCUUUUACCUGGACGGCGAAUCAGGCUCCCGGACGCUUUCGAUUCGCGACACGGACUUUGACCAGAAUGGCGACCAGAACGACCAGAAGAUGAGGAAUGUGAUCACGAUCAGAGGUUUCGAACACGUCGAGCUCGUGGGCAUUACGGCGAAGGACAAUUCAAACGGAGGAGGCAACGAAGCUUCUGCGGUGAUCGAGUUUACGGAAUUUGACAAAAACUUCUGCGCCUCCCCGGGCGACGGUCAGUGCGAGUGCUGCGAUGGCCUCUACCUCUGGUCUGCUUCAUGAUCCGCACCGAGACCUCGCUCCACGACAAGGACCUGCAGUGGAUCGUCGCGGUCGUCCUGCUCGCGGCCGCGGUCCUGCCCAUGGUGGCGCUGGGGCUCAUCUUCAAGCCGAUGCUCGCCAAGCUCCGCAAGAAGCGGGGAAAGAAGCAACGGCGCUGGCGCGAGCAGGAGGCGCGCGGCGACGAGGACUCGGUCGACGCGGUCGAGAUCAAGAUCGACGGCGCGCCCGAGGGGAAGGCGGCGGGGGAGCCAUCGGCGGCGGGCGGCUGGCUCUCGUCGAUCGCCGGCGCGAAGCGCCCGGCCGCCCGGGAGGCGCGCGGCGCUCCCGAAGCGAAGACGGGCGAGGCGCCCGCCGGACCAGACGCUGGCGCUCGAUCCUCAGAUUGA